AUGUCUGCAGCGGACGGCUCAAUCACGGUGUCGAGUGUGUCUCCGCCUUCCGACAAUGUUGAAGACGUCCCACGCCCCAACGAAUUGGCCCCUCAAGACUCGAAUCAUGCAGCCGAAGGUAGCACUGAUGCGAUAGAGGAACAGAACGGAGAAGAAGAGAAUGGAGAAGCAAUCUCGUCUGAGCCAAAGGUCGCGGAGACCAUGGCCGUCACAUUUGAUGACACAUUGUCGGACAAGCCAAACUUCGAAUCGAAGUCCACCGAGGAAGAGCAGCCAAUCGCCUCGGACGCGGACGAAGAUGACGGUGACAUCUCGCUGGUCGGCUCACCCAAGGCAUCUGACGUGUCACUAGCCGGUCCUGCUUCCACUUCGCACCGCCGCAUCGACUCUGUCCCGCCAAAGAAGUACAGCGUCUCUCGUGAUCCAACAAGCGCACUGACGGCUUCCCUCGCCUCAACUUCGCUGCAGAAUGUGAUCCAAGAGGAAGAAGCAGACAUGUCGAUACCUCACUACGACGACAGCGUCGAAGUCGACCUCGCUUCUCGCUCUGCAUCGCCGCAUCCUCCGACUGCUCAACACGACGAGCUCGCAUCGCACCCCUCCCCCGUCGUUGUAGAUAAGGCGGACCUCAACUUUGUCGACAUCACACUGGACGCACCCGAGGACGAUGCUUCGCUCAGUCGUGGCUCACUAGGACCGUCAGGUAAGACAGCAGAGCAGGUUCGCAGCGAUGCCAUCUCUAGUCAAGACCUCCAAGCCGGCAACGUGGAGCCCGUACCAACGUCGGUGCCCGAUAGCAGUCGAGCGGUGAACGAGCUCAGUCCAACAAGGACUCCACAGGCUGAGGACGAGGGCAGCAAUCGGAGCGUAGAGGGCCGCUACAGAGGUCGAAGAAGUGCACCUUCCAGCAGACCCGCGAGCCCGACACGUGGUCCAAGCCCAAGUCCUUCACCCAAUCAAUCUCAGACGCUGUCACAUGACGCGAACGAAGGCGUUUCAUCUAGGUCCACUUUGAACAAGAACGGUCUCUCGAUCACGCCGGCACCGGUGCUGCUCGCUGCAGAUGAGAACGGCAACAUCAGCGUCAUCCCCGAUUCUCUCAUCAGUCCUCGAUCCGCGCCCAAAGAUCUGGCUCCUAAUGAUGCAGAGCCAUCGCAAUCGGCACAGUCCGACGAAGUAGCAACAUCAUUAUCUGAGGAGGUGGAAGCUGUUGAGGCUGCCGCAUCCGCUAUCGAUGGCGAGGCCGCACCAUCCUCAUCCACCCCGCCGAACGGCGCCAACCUCACCACCACCACUUCUCCCGGUCUGACCGACAAAGCCGACCAAGUCGACCCUGCCAGUCGUCGCAAAUCCUCCUCUGCCAGCUCGCACCCCGUCGACUCACGCACACGCAUGACCACGCUCCCCGCCAAACCCAAGACGGAAGAAAUCAAACACCGUGCCGACUUUGAGCGCAUGAUGAUCGCCGCAAAAGAAGCGGAGCGCAAGAAGCGCGAGGACGACGAAGAGCGCCGACGGCAGCGACAGGACGAGCAACGCGAGGCGCUAGGUCGGUGGGAGAAGGAGAUCCUGCCGUCCUGGUCUCGCGCGCGCAAGGAUGCCGAGCUCGAGCAGUUGUGGUGGAAAGGUGUGCCGCCGAGUAUCCGAGGAAGGGUGUGGGCGUUGGCGAUUGGCAAUCCGCUGAUGCUGUCGAGGAGUCUGUUGGAACAGACGGAGAGGAAGGCGGCGGGGAGCGAAUCGAUUAUUCCGCGUCGCGUGCUGGAUCAGAUCGAAGAGGAUGUAGAGGAGACGCUACCGAGCUUGCGGCUGUUUCAGGCGAAUGGACCGCUGCACGACGACCUGGUUCGCAUUUGCCGCGCAUUCGUUCUGGUGCGUAUAGGUCAGCUGGCUCAGCUGGACCUCGCGGGGAAUGCCAACAAGGCUGCUGCGCAUCAUCACGCACACAGUUCCGAGCUUCCCGGCAGCGGCGAAGUCGACAAUCACUACGAGCCACAAGACGAAUACGCCCGUCGCGGCAUCGACAUCUAUCAACCUGGUCUCGCCUCUCUCGCCGGCGUGCUGCUCAUUAACAUGUCGGUCAACACAGCCUUCAUCGCGCUUCUCAACCUGAUCGAGUCGAAACCGUGGCUCAAAGCGCUCUACUCCCUCCUGCCCACGCUCGUCUCCCCUUCCGCACCGUCGAGCCCCGUCAAAGCGCGCGCCAGCAUCGCUUCCACCACCCGCACCCCGGGGGGCGCCUACACCCUCGCACCCAAAGAAAAAGCCAUCCGGAGCUUCGAACGCGUCCUCGAGACGCUGUUGGGGGAUCAAAUGCCCAAAGCGUACGCCAACCUUCUUGGGCACAACGUGCGACUGUACCGCGUGGUGCUGCGCGACUGGGUGUCGACCCUCUGGGCGCGCUGGUUGGACGUCGACACGGUGAUGCGCAUCUGGGAUGUCGUGUUGUUGGACGAGACCGAUUCGGUCAUCUACAGGGUGUGUUUGGCGUUGGUGCAGACGUUGGAGUCGCGGUUGUACGUGCCGGAUCAGGCGGAGUUGGAGAGUAUACUGCGCGGGACGAAUCGGGCUGCGUUGGGGGUGUGGAGGAGGGAAAAGGAGAUGAAGGGGGAAUUGGAGGUUCAUGCAAGAGGCAUGGGGAGUCCGACGAAGCGUCGAUCGAGCGUGUCAAACACGUCCAGGGAGGCACUUCAAUCCGCGCCGUCAGCGUCGUCCCUCGCGUCGGAUGAGGUCGAACCCCCGAGGCGGAGCAGCUCCCUCACCCACCCCGAACCAGCCGACGCGGAAACGGAGCAGGUCUCCCCGCGCGACUACAUCUACGAACAGUACAACAUCGAAGAGCACCACAUCUUUGACACGCUCGAAGCACAACGCUCCUGGUGGAAGCAGUCGACGCUGCAGCGUCUGUUGGAGCGCGAGUUGAGCGAGUAG